AUGGCGUCUUUCCGUUUCUGCGCCGAAUGCAACAAUAUGUUGUAUCCGAGAGAGGACAAGGAUAAUGCACGGCUUCUCUACUCGUGUCGAAACUGCGACUACACAGAGCUAGCCGAAAACCCCAAGGUAUACCGACAUGAACUUAUAACGAAUAUUGGAGAGACCGCUGGAGUUGUGCAAGAUAUUGGGUCGGACCCAACGUUACCCAGAUCCAACAAGAUCUGCCCACAUUGUGGGAACCACGACUGUGUUUUCUUCCAGUCGCAACAGAAGAGAAAGGAUACAUCGAUGAUUUUGUUUUACGUGUGCUUAGAGUGCAAAAAAGUGUUCCGUGCAUAG